AUGCUAGAUUUUCAUGCAAGAGACCACCUUUUGUCAGAGGUAAACAAAUCAACAAGAGAGGGAAUACCUGAUAAUGGAGGUGACUUUGACUUUGAGAGUCUUCUCGAAAUGCACAGCACGGGUAUUAUUGAAGACAAUGCAACACAUCUGAACCCUUUGGAUGUUCUGGUGGCAAUAUUUACAUGUUGCGACAACUUUCUAAAACAAACUCUUGCUCAGAAGCUUUUCGUUUGUAAACUUGCAAUUCCCUUUCUCUACCCUCUUGAGUCAGGAGGCAAUGUUGGGAUGUCACUUUGGGCACUCAGAGCGAUAACUGUUCAGUGGCAUUCCAAAGAAAACGGCAUUUCCGAAACUUCGGUAACAGGAAAACCUUUCCCUGUGGUAACAUUCAUUAGAUUAGGCAGGCCUCCCAUGUCUAAGUCUAAGCUGGCAAAUGAUAUCCUUAGGGAUGAAAGUCAUGACACUUUCUUUCACCUUGAUUGCAACAAUGGUACCGUACCCAGAAGGAUGAGCGACGGUCUUGUGGAAUGUUCUUGGUUCGUAACAGGAGUCGAUGCAAAACAACACCUACCAGACACAACAAUGAUUUUGAAUUUGAGAGGUGAUGCCUCAUUAAUGGAGAAACAGAUGCAGAUUUUGCAGGAAACAUCAUCGGUGGUGUUUGUAAUGACCACUCCUCAAGACUUGGCUAGAGCAUCCAAUACCAUCACAUUGCAACGAAUUUUAAAAAGUAGUGCUAAAGUCAUUCUAUUGUUGAUUAGUGGAAGUAGCCGAGCGAUAAAACCUAUUGUACGAGCCUGUUCAGAUGCAGUUGGCAAGGAUUUACUGAAAGAGGUCAAGAUCAUUUUAUCCACCAGCUACAAAGGUAUUCAUAAAAACACCAGUGAGCUCAAGACUGAAUCUAGACUAAAGCUCUCAGAAGCAAUCCGUGGGUGUUCUGUUAAACUGGUGGAAGAGUGCGCUCGAAGUGCAAAGAAAAUGGGGAUCAUCAUAGAUGAGUAUGGUGGUGAAGCCUGUCUUGAAGGUAAGCUCUUGGCAGAAAAUAUUGUAAGCCACAUGGAAGGUAAACAGAUCAUCGACUGUAAACACCUCUUACUUCCGCUGCAAGGUGCUGAAUGGACUGAAUACUGGAGGCUGGUAAAGAUGCGCCACAGUACAAGAGGGCAGAGCUCACAGUUGACAUCAGAAAACCUUGCUGAUAGAGUGAAACAGAAGGUGGACCAUUUCCAUAAAAAACAGGUAGAUAUUUUGAAGAACAGACGAACUCCCUUCAUCAUAGACUUUAUGUCAAUUUUGCAAAAGAACUCCGACGUUGUUAUGUAUUUUCUGAAAUGGAUGGAGCUCUUACUGGAUGAAAUAUCACGAGCAAACAUACCAGGACUACGUAGGCACUAUUACAGAGCUUGGACUCACCUUACGGAUGCCAAGAAGGAGGAGAUUGCAAACUUGUCGGACUUGAUAGCACAAGUGGAUAAUGCCGAGAGUCGUCUUGCCAGAGCAUCAUUUGGACUAGAAAAUCUUUUCAGAGAACUUGGACAAAUUUAUGAAGUGGGGAUGGGAUCUGGAAUAGUACGGCAAGACACAAGGGCAUGUGUUGAAAUUUUGCCAGAAAUAGCUGCCAAACUACUGUUGAAGGGCAGCCCCUUGGAAUUAGUAGAUGGAGACACAUCAAGUGUCCCUAUUACAUGGGUGACCGCGGUGCUACGUAAACUUGGCAACAUUAUCGGUGAAAAAAAGCUCUUUGUUCUCUCGGUUUUGGGCAUCCAGAGCUCCGGGAAAUCUACACUUCUGAACACUAUGUUUGGCUUGCAUUUCGCUGUAAGUGCAGGUAGAUGCACGAGGGGAGCAUACAUGCAACUCAUCCCUGUAGAGGAGAACGCUGAUCUGCCUUUUGAUUAUGUUGUCGUUGUGGAUACUGAGGGGCUUCGAGCACCAGAACUACAACAACUCAUGUACGAGCAUGACAAUGAACUUGCAACCCUUGUAAUUGGUCUGGGAGAUGUGACUAUGAUUAACAUCAAAGGAGAAAACACAGCCGAAAUGAAAGGCAUACUGCAAAUGGCAGUGCUUGCGUUCUUAAGGGUGAACCGUGUCAGUAAAUUGUGCGAUCACAGAACUUGCAUAUUUGUUCAUCAGAAUGUCCCAUCAGCUAAUGCAGAACAACUUGUGAUGUAUGGAAGUCAGAAAUUAGAGGAGAGUUUGGAUGAAAUGGCAAAGGAAGCAGCCUUCAGUGAGAAUAUAGAAAAUGUUCAUAGUUUCUCACAGAUUUUCAGUUUUGGCGCCCAAACUCAUGUCUGGUACUUCCCUGAUCUGUGGCAUGGCAAUCCACCCAUGGCCCCUGCAAAUCCUGGUUACAGUGAAAAGGUACGUGAGGUCAGGUCGAACCUUUUGGAGGAGAUUGCAAAGAGGCAGACAACAUUUCUGACCUCUUUAGAUCUGUCGAUUCGCCUUGCUGAUCUAUGGAAAUGGGUGCUUGUUGAUGAUUUCGCAUUUAGCUUUGCCAGUCUUGAGGUGAAAGCCUACGAUAGUUUGCAAUCCAAAUACUACAGUUUGGAAAGUGAAUUGAAUAAUGAAUUUAGACUUCGGCUUUACAAUGCAGAGAUCACGUUGAAGAGAUGUGGAACUAUAGAUGAGCUAGAUAAAGCUUAUCAGCUCCUCAACGUCAAACUCUCCAAAGUUCUGAAUGAAAAGGCUGAGGAGAUCAAGGUUUGUCUGAAGGAGUACUUCGAGAACUGCACCUUGCGAAAAAUAGUUAUGCAAUGGCAGAUUUCAAAGCUGGCCCAAUUUGACCUUGUAGUUGAGCAACAGCGAAGUGAGGGCAAGGCUCAUCUGCUUUCAAUCAAAGAAGCACAUCGAGUGGAAAUAAUCAAGAGGUCACACCCCCACCAUGAGACAUAUAUCAUGAACAAAACAGUGGAACUGGCAGAGGAACUUAAAGAUCAAGAAAUGACUGAUACCGAACAGAAACAGAAGUUUGAUAGCUUGUGGGAGUCAAUGGUGCAAGAACUUGCACCCAAAUCCGAAGACAAGGAGUUGCAAAUGGAUUUAGUGAUUAAGGAGCUUCUAUGCCAAAUAUUUCAUGACCAUAGAGCCAUUCUUAGAUAUGAGUUGAGGCUCCAUCCUCUGCAUAUUCCACUAGAGCAGACAUCGUUAGAAAGCAGCAUCAGUGUUGAUGACAUUAGACAGGAACACGUCAACUUAAAAAUACCCAUCUGGAAAAAUAUCAAGAACCUGACCCCUGCCAGUAAUUUAGAAUUAGAGGCAAAACAGGAAGCAUUGUCAUUGACUCGAAGUAUCCUGAACGAAAUUAGUACUUAUUUGAAACAGCUUUUUGAAAAGGACCUACCAUUUCGGGAAAGUUAUGCCAAAAAGGUCAUGAAAAUACUUUUGGAGAAAAUUGAAUGUUACAAUUACAAAGCACAUUCUUCCAAUGACUACAAUGUCACGAUUCUCCCUAAUUAUGUUGUUAAACUAGCAGUUCAUCUAAGCCGUCACUGUGUCCAGGUAUUCACCUUGAUGCAAACAAAAUACAACAAAAAACAUGUGAAUGCCAAGAUACAAAUCUACAAGAAUACUGCCUGGAUUCUUUUCAAGAACAAGGUCAGCCAGAGAACCGAACAGGUCACCGCAGGUGACCUCGUAUGCACCUAUUAA